UGUGGAGUGUAGACACUCUGUGUGGAGUGUAGACACUCUGUGUGGAGUGUAGACACUCUGUGUGGAGUGUAGACACGCUGUGUGGAGUGUAGACACGCUGUGUGGAGUGUAGACACGCUGUGUGGGCGUGCUGUGGGCGUGGGGGCAGAUGCAAGGAGCCACUUCUAGUGUGGUGGUUGUGGGCGUGGCCCUCCUGGCCAGCCUGGCGCUGGGUGGGGCUCAUCUCCUCCCAGAGAAACACACACAGGAUGGUGAGGAAGCAAGGGAGCCUCGGGGAGGCCUCUUCUACAAGCUUCAAGCCUCGACUGAUGUAGUGAAGGCCACCUACUGGACGACGGUGUACGUCCCCCACACCUGCACUGCCACCCACCCCCCAAACCUCCCACACUGCCCCUUGGGCUCCUACAAUCAACCCCAUCAACGCUCAGACGCACUAGAGAUUGAGGGAGGUGAUUCUCUCACUGUGACACCCAGCUUGAAAGAGCCAGCCGACGGGAAGAUGUCCCCUAAUCUCGAAUCCUCUCUGGAAGAUGGUCAGAUUACCGACCAUCCUGGAGCCCAAGAUGACGUAAGGAGCCAAGGUAGCGCCGAGCAGGAGUCAGGCCGCGCUCUCUUGACUGUCAAUCAUCACAAGACCAAAACAUGGGUGGUGACCUCCACCACCACACAGGCUGACCUCCGCUACACCGUCACCGCCCUCUACACCCACUGUGUCCCCAACGAUGCCCCCAGCGCCCCAGAGUGUGCCAUAACCCCACGAAGAAGUAACGAUUGCAGUUGUCCCCCAGGUCCCCCUGGUCCCCCAGGCCCGCCCGGUAUACCAGGGAACCCUGGACCACCGGGGAGCCCGGGUACUCAAGGGCCCCCUGGAGAAAAUGGUCACCGGGGCCCAAGGGGCCCUGAAGGACCUCAGGGUCAAGCAGGCCCGCCAGGUCCUGCAGGUAACACUGGCAACCAAGGGCCACAAGGGCCACAAGGCCCAGCAGGUAAUCCAGGGCCGGUAGGGUACCCUGGGACCCCCGGCCCCCAGGGGCCCCCUGGUACACCAGGGGCGCCAGGAUACCCUGGAGCACCUGGUGACUGUGACUGUGAUAGUAGUGGGUGUUCCGGAGGGGAUCAGCAAAAAGUAUUAUCCAUAUCCAAGUUUAAGAGCAACGUGAAGCCUGUGAGAGGAAAAAAUAGACACAUUGGCUGCAUUACAGAGAUAGUCCGGAAGAUAGUUCGACAAGUCCUCAGGAAUGAAAGUCUUAACAUUAAUUGA